GACGAUGACAUCAAAUCGAAAAAGGUCACCCUCGCCGAUCUGAGCGCCAAGGGCACCGCGCUCUAUGCCCACAAGAAGUACGAAGCAGCCGCCGACAUCUUCUCGAGAGCAAGCAUCCUCCAAGCAGAAAUCAAUGGCGAGCUGGCACCGGAGAACGCCGAGAUCCUGUUCCACUACGGCCGCAGCUUGUUCAAGGUUGGCCAGAGCAAGAGUGAUGUCCUAGGCGGCUCUGCUCCCGCGGAGAAGAAGACAAAGGCAAACGGUGGUGCGGCCUCCAAGAAGGCAGCCAAAACGGACGACGAAGAGGCAGCUCAGGAGGGCGGGGCUGAACAAGGAAAGGACAAGAAGAGCGAGGAAAAGGGUGAUGUUCCAGAAGGAAAGAAGCUCUUCUUCCAAUUUACGGGCGAUGAGAACUUUGACGAGUCUGACGAAGAUGAGGGCCAGGAAGAAGGAGACCAAGACGAGGAAGAAGACGACGACCUUGCCACUGCCUUUGAGAUUCUCGAACUCGCGCGCGUUUGCUACCAGAAGCAGCUGGAUCAGCUGAAUGAGGAGGAAGCGCAGAGCGAAGGCGAGAGCAAAGGCAAGGGCAAAGAGGUCGCCAAGGAAGACUCCUCGGCCGUCAGACACAUCAAAGAGCGUCUUGCAGAGACCCACGACUGUCUUGCUGAAAUCUCUCUCGAGAACGAACGGUAUCCUAAUGCGAUCGAGGACGGCCGCACAUCUCUCAACUACAAGGUAGAGCUCUACCCUGAAGAAUCCGAAAUAAUUGCCGAGGCACACUACAAGCUUUCGCUCGCGCUCGAGUUUGCUUCUCUCACGGUUGCCGAUGAAGAGGGCAAGAACACCAAGCGCGAGGAGAUUGAUCAGGGCCUGCGCGACGAGGCUGUUGCCGAGAUGGAGCUUGCCAUCAAGAGCUUUAAGCUCAAGAUGCAGGCCAUCGAGGUCGAGAUUGCCAGCUCAGCGUCGCCAGAAGACAAUGAGUUGUCUCGCAAGGCUGUCGAAGAGAUGAAGGAGGUUAUUGCUGAGUUGGAGCAAAGGCUCGUCGACCUGCAAAAGGAUCCUCUUAGCACGGCUGACCUGCUGGGCGAUGGAGCCAACCCUCUAGGCGGCAUCCUCGGCGCUGCCUUUGGCCAAUCCGCCGCUGAAGUACAGGCGCGCGUCGAAGAGGCUUCUAAGAAUGCUGUCGACCUGACAAGUCUUGUUCGCAAGAAGAAGGCCAAGGGCGAAGAUGCCGCCGACGGCAACGGCAACGCCAAGCGCAAGGCCGAUGAGGAAACUUCUGAGCUCGAAACGAAGAGGACCAAGGUGGAG